AUGUCUCGAAUUCAUCCGGCUCAAUUCACUAUCACAGCUGUCUCAACCCACCUUUCUAAGCACUGCUUUCAAUAUAUGUCGACCACACCUGGCUUAUGGGAUUGGGUGGAUUAUGACAUUCAUUCGUCUCCAACUCGUGAAAGCACUACUUCAAGGAUGCAAGCUUUUUUGACCGGUAAGACAGUUGCAGGCCUUGCGCGUCCUAAGCAAGCAAAUGGCUCAAGGGUCGAAUUAGAGAAGUUGAAGGCCAACUUGAACCAGAUCAUUCGAGAAGCUACAAAAGCUUCAAACAAGCCUCAAGAUAUCUGGACUUGGUCAAAUUGCGAAGCUCGCCUUGCCGAACAAGGUCUCAAGUUGCAAUACGAACCAUCCGAUCCUGUGUACAAGAUUUGGAUUACUAAUCCAAAUUCCGCCGUCACUGAAGAGAAAGCUCGACUGGUCAAUAAAGAUCUUGUCACUCACCCGGUAUUGCUCACCCCAAUUCCAGGCUUUGUAUUCAAGUACAAGUUCGGCAAGAAUAACAAGCGAAAACGGGAUGCCGUUCUCAAAGAGGAGGAUGAAGAGCGGCUUGGGGAUGUUAAUGAUAACACAAAUGAAUCGAACAUCAUCUAA